CCUUCAUCUCAACAUCACGACUCUGAAUUAGGCUAUUUUGCGAGUGUAAAAACGCAAAAACAGAAAAACGUGUAAUGGCACGCAUACGUCAUGCCUAAAUAAUACAAAAAUAAACAAGAACUUCACUUUGGCCUAGAAGUAUAGAUAUGCAGUGACAUGACAAUCUCGCCUCAUUGAAUCGAAAGUAUUUUCUUGGCGAAUGCAAAACACAGAAGCACAGAGUGCGGAAGACAAACUGCGAAGCAAGCAACUGCACCACGCACCGUCAAAAGAGUAUUUAUCACUUUAUAAUGGAAUGACAUAAAUGAGGGCGAUACGUGAGAAUAAACGCCCUGUUAGACGGAUUAAAGUUUACAUGACAGCGGGAGUCGACGACGAAAUAGUUUUUCAGUACUGUUUUAACUUAAAACAGGGUAUACUACUGAGAUAAGCGAGGAUGGCUUACUCACAUUUAUUCAAUGGCGAGGAUAUAACGAAAUUCUAUGUUCAACAUAGGCCAUCGUAUCCCAGUUUUAUAUCGGAAGUAAUUAUGAAAUAUAUCCACAAACAGAAGGACAAUAACUCCGAGAACGGGAGGCUGAAGAAAAUGCUUGAUGUUGGCUGUGGAGCCGGACAAAGUACCCACAUGUUUGCAUCUUACUUUGAAUCUAUAUUAGGAAUUGAUGUAAGUGAUUCUCAGAUAAAACAUGCAAAGGAGCACAACCCUAACAAAAAUGUGGAAUUUCGUCUUGUACGUGACAAUUUCUUUCCUGUUGAAGAUGAAAGUGUAGAUCUUGUUACAUGUGCUAUGGCAAUACACUGGCUUGAUCUGACAACAUUUGAAACUGAAUGUUAUCGAGUCUUAAAACCAAGAGGAUGUUGCGUAAUAUACGGCUACUGUCCAUCUUUUAUCAGAAAAAUUAACGAACCGCAAAGCAAACGAGUCAGUAUCAUAGAGGCUGAAAAACAAUUCUUACGAACAAUCAAAUCUUCGAAUGCUUCUUUUCAUUCAUUUGAAAAUUACGAUAGCAUAUUCGAUAGGCUGGAAACUGACACCAAAGAGAGGAUAAAAGGCCUUGGAGUUGACUUGGAAUUUUCAUUGAAGCAGUAUAAAGACCUUUUCAAGACAUCAUCCAAAUAUCUCGAAUAUUUGAAGCUAGCGCUUGAUGAGGAGAAAGCGCCGAUGUGCGAAUUGGGAAAUAGCGUUAAAAGAAUAUUAGAAAUGGAAGACAUUCCUGACCAGGAUAUUAAGUUCAUUUUAACAUACACCUAUCCGACAAUGGCGUUUACUAAAUCUACAGCACCUGCUGUUUCACAGGAUAGCGGUUAGGCCUUGUUCAGAUCUCGUGUUAUGAGAUGUAAAUAAUAUUUCAAGGGUGCUCGAACUACAAAUUGGCACAAUGAUAUCAAUAGCUAUAGAUUCAGAACCCGACAAGACUAGGCGAUUUGUUUUAGAACAUUUAUGCCAAAGCAAAUAAUUACUAACACAGUAAUUGUACAAAAGCUUUCCCAUUGUAUACAAAGUUGUUGUUGUUCUUUAAUGUGAAAAACUCGUCUUUUUCCUCGUUACUUGAAGAUGGAAAAAGUCGUUGAACGUCUCUCGUUUUUUUGUUCUCAUUGAGUUUUAUGAAGUCCAAUUUUUCACUCCAAACGUUGCCGGUUAUUAUAAUCACUGGCCCAUGAUUGUUUAAUAUUUGGGGCGGACCUUCAUAUAACAUUCGUUGCAAUUUUUCCUUAUAUAUAUUUUAAUUGAGUUUUGCUGACAUUAUAGUAAUCAUUUGACGUUGAUGUCCAUAUAUUUUAGCAUUGACAUAUUGUUAUUAUAUUUGAUCUUUGCUAAUUGAUGCUGAAGCUUGUUAAACUUGUUGGUAGACCAAAGUUACUCGCAAUG